GGGAAACUACCGUUGUCCCUGGUGGAACGACACUCGAGAAUGAAGCAAGUGAAAGAUUGUGCCGUAGUGGUUGUCUAAGAAAAAAGGUUAGUAAUCUCUGAGCCUCUAUAAAUGUAAGGAAGGAACCUUAAUAGAUGUCUCCAAAACUCCUAGACUGAUUUCUUGGGUUUAUGUUUCUAGAUGGACGGUGCCGCAGGACGUCGCAACAACGUCGACGAUGGGAGGAACGACAUUCAAGAAUUGGCACGGGUCAUCCGGCAGUCGCAGCGAGAGCCCUACCCCAAGAUUGAUGUUCCAUUGUUCGAUGGGAAUCAUGCCUCUUCUUGGGCAGACAAGUUUGAGCAACUCGGGUAUAGCAACGAAUGGACGGAUGAGAAGAUGCUUCGCAUGGUUAAGAGGUACUGUCAGGUGGAGUACCGAGAUAAGAUCGAUGAGCUGGUGCGAAUCUCCCGUAAUUGGCCAGAUUUUAAGGCGCGGUUGCUGGAGAAGUACCAGCUCAGCGAUCAGUUACUCGACCUGCGAGAUUUGAGGGCGGUGGAUCGUAAGAAGUUUGGUACUACCAAACAAUUCUUAUCGAAGUUUGAGCGUGUGGCUCUCCUAAUCCCGGAUUUAUCCGAUAAAGAUCGCUGUCUCAUCUUCCUUGAUAACUUCAACGACGUCGAACAGUCGAAGUUAGUUGAAGGGAUGCAAAGGAGGUAUGACUGGACUAAGGUCCGGCAAAAUGCGAUGGUGGGGAAAUUCGACGAUAUCCUCUACCGGUUGUUGAGGCAACAAAAGGAGGAACGGGAGAAGGUGAAGCUGGGAGAGGUAAAGGACGGUAAGAUCUAUAAAACUUUGACCUGCAUGAGAGAAAUGAUGGAAGGCAUGAAAGAGGAAAGGCUGAAGUUUCAAGUCAUGCUGGCCAAAGAGAAAAAUAGUAAGAGGAAGGGGAAAGAGCCAGUGGUAGAGGAAAGUGACAGUGAGAGCGAGGAAGAAAAGGAGCUGCCUCACAAAAUUCGCAGGAUCAAGGGCAGUUUCAACCACAGGGUGGAAGAGGCCGCGGUCGAGGCCGUGGGAACGGACAGCGAAGCCGUUGGGCGUAGCAGCAGGAAGCCACAUGUAACUAUUGCGCAGAAAAGGGUCAUAUUAUGCGGUUUUGCCAACUUCUAUCAAGAGAUGAGAAGGAAGGAAUUGUCUUCACCACGAUACGAAGGAAUUGUCUUCACCACGAUACGCGGUGAAGUCUUUGAUUACGAAGGGAAUUCAAUCGACCCCAACAUUGAAGGGGGUAUGAGGAAGGAGGCGUUUCGCCGAAUGGGUCGUCCCCUGCCAGCGACGUUCCGGAUUGCUUCUCCUGAAGAAGCGCAGUUGGCCGAGGUCGAGGAGGUCAUGGCUUCGUUACAUAUUGACGACUCACCGACGGAACCAGAAGGGUUUAGGGAACAAGUGGUGGAACGAGCACAAACCAUCACGAGGCGGCUUGCCCGAUGCCGGGACUCUAUCGUCCGACUUUGCGCGGACAUGGAGGAAGUCUGGCCUGGAUUGCCGAAUGUCUUUCUCUUCGGCGAAUGGGGUGAUAAAAGGGAAGAUGCAUUUGGCCAAGCAGGGACGUCUGCUCCGAGAGAAACAUCACAAACUAGGCCAAUGGUAAGCACGAUGCGACCUAGGCCUGUGCUAAAGAGGAGUGCCCCGACUGUAGUCAUGCAGACUCGGAUGCGGCGACCAAAUGAGCAGCUUCAGAAGGAAAGAGAGUCUGAAAAGGCAGUCGAAGAAGAGCCUAUCCCCGUUAGUGAGAACGAUGAGGAUAACGAGGAUGAGAAGUUGCGGGCCGAAGAGGAAGAACGGGCUCGUCGUCGUGCACUGGAAAGGGAGCCGCAGAAAGGGAAGGCCGAAGCAAACGAGGAAGAGUCGCGAAAGAAUAAAAAUAUUUACUCGAUCCCCGUGGAGCAUGGGGUCGAUAUCGAGCAACUCGUCGAUAAGAUUCUGGAAAGUCAGCGCGACUUGGUCACGCUGAAGAAAAUUUUGGCGGUAUCGCCGAAGAUUCAAGAAGAGUUUAAACAGCGGAUGACUCGUAAGAGAGUCAUGACUGUUAAGCUCGGCGAAGUCAUUCCGCCGGAGGCUAACUGGUCCCCGCCUGGGACAAAGAUGGAUUGGCGAAGUGUGUCGACCGGUUAUAUGAAGGUCCAGAUUGGACAGCAGGAGUACUCGGCACUUGUGGAUGAUGGAGCCGAGAUGAACAUCAUUCGUGAGCGUCAUGCCAUCGAAGCUGGGUUGAAGAUCAACCGAGAUGACUAUGGGUUUUGGGUGGGAGCUAGUGGAUCAACUCCAUUUUGCGGAACAGCCAGUGGCGUUCUCGUCACGAUCGGAAAGGUCAAGGUCCGUUCGUAUUUCUACGUGUUACCUAGAGUGGAACACGAGGUGCUUCUGGGAAGGGCAUUCCUAUGUCGAUCGGAGAGCAUCAUCAUUAACAAGCAUGAUGGAAUCAUGUUUGUAAUCCUUUGUGAUCCUGUCUGCGGUCAUUACGAAGUGGUCAAGUGUGCGAACACAGGACCCUAUUGCUCGCGGAACCGGUUGAACCCGGAAUCCUAUAGCUUCCCGGAGUUAGAAAAGUUGAGACGGGAGAAGGAAUCGUUAGGGGAGGAGCCGAAUGCUCGUGAGUUCUCGCUGACCCUGCCUAAUAUUGGGCAGGCAAUCGAUUUUGUGUCGACACGUGCGGCGAUUGAUCCAAAUGUGAUGCAAGCCUUGACGGAAAUCAUCACGGACACCGGAAGCGUAGGAACUAUGCGCCUCGUUUACUCCCCGUCGGAGGAGAAUAAGGGAGAAAAUCAGGAAUUACCCUCCACCCGACAGGGUCCUUUUUUAGAGGACGCAGGCUUGACACCGGCGCCAAACGACCUUCAGAAGCUGAAUUCGGUGACAGUGCGAGAUGCAGGUGGACUCCCACAUGCGGACCUACUGUCGGAGUCUUGUGCAGGGAGGUCUAUCAUCAUCCUGAUUGAUUUAUAUUCCGGGUAUGAUCAAUUUCUCAUUUACACUGCGGAUCGGCCCAAGAUGGCGAUGUAUACUCCUCGCGGGUUGAUCCAUAUGUGUGUGGCACCGCAGGGGUGGACAAAUGUCGUUGCCAUUGUUCAGAGAUAUAUGACGAGGGUUAUGCAGCCUUAUUGUCCUAACAUAACUUCGCCGUAUAUUGACUACUUGGCUAUCCCAGGGUCUCAUACGAAAGACCUGGCGGAGGUGUUGCCGAGCAUUCGCCGAUUUGUCUGGGAACAUAUCAAUGAUGUGGUGAAAGUUCUUAAGAGGUUGAAAGAGUUUAAUCUCACAGCUAGUGGGAUUAAGUCUCGACAUUGUAUGAAGAGAGCAGUGAUCUUGGGAUUCCUUUGCGAUGAGAAAGGUCGUCGGCCGGAUGCGAAGAAGACUAAUAAAAUUUUGGAAUGGCCGACCCCUUUCAAGUCAAUCACGGAUGUGCGAAGUUUUCUCGGAACCUGUGGAUUUUGGCGCAUCUUCAUCCGCAGGUUUGCCGCCAGAGUGGAGCACUUGCGAAAGCUUGUGCGCAAAGGCCAGAAGUGGGGAUGGGGUCCGAAGCAGCAAGCGGUCGUGGAAGACAUAAAGACUGAGUUCCGUGAGGGCGGAUUGAUCCUUGGAGUUCCUUUUUUUGAUGAUGAUGAAAAACGUCCUUUUCUUAUUGAGACUGAUGUGGGGCCCACAGCCCUAGGAGGGGUCUUGAUUCAGAAGGAUGCUGAGGGGCAGGAAAUGCCUCUCAGAUUUGAGAGCAGGACUCUGAAUGUUGCUGAGAGGAACUAUUCCCAGUUCAAAAAAGAAACUUUGGUCGUGCUUCACUGCUUCCGCAUCUUUCGGAAUUAUGUGUUCGGUAGACGCUUCAUCCUGCGGGUGGAUCCGACUGCAUUGGCUCAAUCCUUAAGGAAUUAUUCACCUGCUGAUCCCACCAUUGCACGAUGGUUAACUUAUAUUUGGAUGUUUGACUUUGAAAUCGAGCGGAUUUCGAGGAGUCAGAAUCGUGCUGAUGGGUUGAGUCGGGUUGAAUGGGACCCAGAGGCGGAUCAGGCGGAAGAAUCAGUUCCGGUCAAUGCCUUUCUGAAGGAAAAGGAGGCGCGAUUGAGUAUUAACAUUUUUGUCUACCUGACUGAUGCAGCCACUCGGCAUGGGAAAUCGAUAUGGAAUGCUCCUGCCUUUCACGAGGUACGUCCAGAACUCGUGGUGGAGGAACCUUUCAUCAAAGAGGAUCCAUGGGGCGAGCAGACCGCAGAGGAAAUGAUGAGGCUGGCUUUGACCGGUGACAUCGACCUUAUGUUUGAUCCGGUAACGAUUGAACAGGGCCAUACGCGGGCUGAUGGCGCUUUCCAGAUCGUUGGAAGGAUGUCAUAUAUCAUGAAUUUGUUGGUUCACGAGGAUCACCUGAGGUUAAUGAAUGCGGAGGAAGGAGGCGGUGAGCUCAAAGAAGUGUUUAAGAAAAAGGAGUACGAAGGGGAAUAUAAGAAAAUAGGCAAUGUGGUUGAAUGGGGAAUUGGGCGAAAGUGAGGUUGAUCCGGUUGUGCCAGAGAAAAGCAAAGGAUUC